AUGGCAGGGUCCCCCAAGAGCGGAGGUGGCGACGGCGACUCUGGCUCGUCGUCGGGCAAGGCUGGCGCGGGCAGCGGCGCCCAGUGCCUGUGCUCCCCGACCACCCACCGGGGAUCUUUCCGCUGCCGCCACCACCGGAGCUCCUCGUCGGCGUGGUCCCGCCGUAGCGACUCCCUGCCUGCCGAUGCCAAGGGGGGCAGUUCCAUUUCGCAGAAACUGGGUUGA